GUUUAUGCGCUUGGCAUUUGAACAAGAAUGCGUCUGAGAAUGUAAAGAACUCGGCAUUUUUGAAAGAUUUUCAAAAAGCCAUGUACUCUAAUUUUACAAAGGAUCAAUUUGAAGAGUUUUGGUCAAAAAUAAUUAAAGAAAACGGACUUGAAGGAAAUCCUUGGGUUGCAAAAACGUACGAGAACAGGUCACUAUGGGCAACUGCAUAUCUACGUGAGAAGUUUUUUGGACGUAUAAGAACUACGUCUCAAUGUGAAGCCGUCAAUGCAGUCAUCAAGAGUUAUGUCAGGAAGAAAGGCUGCAUUUUUGAAUUUAUGCACAAUUUUGAUCAGGCUAUGAGAUCUUAUAGAAACAAUGAACUGAUUGCCGAUUAUAAAUCAAAGUUUUCAGAACCUGUGAUGACUACUCAACUGCGUGCCCUUGAGAGCCAUGCUGCGAAUGUUUAUACUAUGGAGAUUUUCAAGGAAGUCAGAGAUGAAAUAGUGAAGGCUGGAUCAUUGAUUGUUAAGGAAAAGUUAAUUCGCAACGGAUUUAAGACUUAUCGAUUUACAAAAUAUUGUUGUGAUAACUAUGACGUAGAGGUUGUGUAUGAUGGUGAAACACUUCAAUGUGAGUGUAGGUUAUGGGAUUCUCAUGGGAUUCCAUGUUCUCAUAUGUUUGGUGUCAUGAAGGAAGAACAUGUUAGUCUCAUUCCCACCGGUUUGAUUUUGUCGAGAUGGACGAAGGAUGCAAAAAUUCAGUACUUGAACAUGAAUUGUAAUGGUUCUGAUGAUUCUAAAAUGAUUGAGCUAGCUCGGUUUGGUGCAUAUUGUUCUGCAUUUACUGCCUUUUGCAAUGAAGCUUCAAAAAGGGAAGGUGUUUAUGGGGAAAUAAUGGGUGACAUUCUGAAGUUACACAAAAAGUAUUGCAGUACGGACGAUCCUAUUUUGGCAUCGAACUCAGUUGUAGGUGAUCCAAAUAUUGUGAAUAGCAAAGGUGCUCCAAAGAAAAGAAAGAAUGACAUAAAAUCUAUUAGGCGAUGUUCUAAAUGCAACAGUAGAACUCAUAAUGCAAGGAGUUGUUCGGUUGCGGAAAACGCGCCAUCUGAACAAAAUGUUGGUAUGACGUCGCGGCCAGUAACUGAUUCAUUCAGCCAGGUUGUGAAGAACAAGAAUGGAAAAAGAGGUCGCAUUGGUGGAAGUAGUGUGCAAAAUAAAUGUACAGAACCACCGAACUCUCGUGGCGCGAAUGUGACAGCGACUUCUCGUGCGGAAGUUGGAAGCACAAGCAUACCCAUGCCUGCAAUGUAUGGAUUGCAACCCGUGUUGCCAGCGGUACAACCGAUGUUGCAUCCAAUGCAUGUACAACCGUUAAUCCCACUAUAUCCAACGACAGUUGCGGAAAAUUCGGGUUCGUGUUUCGGUAGGCCACAACGACUGAUGAACAGUGGUGGUACUUGAACGAGCAAAUAAGUAGCUGUAAUUUGA